CGCCUGCAUCGACUUCAGCAGCAGUUAUGUGGCAGAGGAGGAGGAGGAGGGGAGUCACCGAGGCACAGCGACAUGAUUGUUCUCCUCUUCUUCUCCUUCUGCCUCUUCCUCAGCCCUGGAGCGGAGCGAGGAGCCGGGUCGCAGCGCGGAUCUCUCAGUAGCCAGGUCCCAAACAGAGGUGCUAUUGAUUUCUAGCAACAGUAGCAGAGUGGCUGCAGUCCAGGAAGACGGACAGAGGAGGAGUUUGGAAAGUUAACAUCAUCAUCACUCAGCCGGACUCAUGCUCACAAAGGUCUAUUCUUCUUGAUCACUCUCCACACUGGGGAAGGCAGUAGUAGAGGUUUGGAUGCAGGUUGUAUAUUGGCUGCUGUGCCUUGGCCUGGCAGGUGCAGCUGCUGUGCUGCAGAGGGACCAGGUGGCCCAGAAUGCCAUCCACCUUUACCGGAGCAAGGGGGUCCAACAGGGCCACAGCUGGCUGGCCAGCAACUGCAAGCGUCUGGUGGGUCUCCUGCGUCAGAAGAAUGUGGUUGUCAAGAAGCUGGCCGCCGCUGCCGAUGCUGUUGGAAGAGACCGGGCGCUGUCGGAGUCCGAGAGGCACUUCCAGGUUCACACUCUGGAGGUUUUCCAGAAAGAGCUGAAUGAGAGUGAACACCUGGUGUUCCAGGCGGUGCACAGCCUACAGAGGGCGCUGCAGGGCGACUACAGGGACGUGGUGAACAUGAAGGAGAGCAGCAGACAGAGGCUGGAGGCCCUCAGGGAGGCGGCCAUUAAGGAGGAGCAGGAGUAUGUGGAGCUGGUGGCCGCUGAGAAGCACCAGAUGGAGGCUGUUAAGAGUGCUUUAGCCCAGAACAAGACUCUGUCCAUGCUAGAUGAAAUCCUGGAGGAUGUCCGGAAGGCAGCAGACAGACUGGAGGAGGAGAUCGAGGAGCACGCCUUUGACAACAACAAACAGAUGAAAGGAGUGAACGUAGAGGCAGUGCUGAGAGUGGAGGACGAUGAGGAGAACGGAGGGAAGAGGAAAAACAAGUCCAGGCCGAAGGAAGUGGAGGACGACCUGGGACUGAGCAUGCUCAUCGAUUCGCAGAACAACCAGUACGUUCUGACUAAACCACGAGAUUCCACGAUGCCGAGAGCUGACCACCACUUCAUCAAGGACUUGGUGACGGUGGUGAUGUUGUCUUUACCUUGUGGCUGGAUUUGCUCUUUAGUCGGUCUGCCUCCAAUGUUCGGAUAUAUCAUCUGUGGGGUCCUGCUCGGUCCUUCUGGCCUCAACAGUAUCAAGUCGAUGGUGCAGGUGGAGACUCUUGGGGAGCUGGGGGUGUUCUUCACUCUCUUUGUGGUGGGGCUGGAGUUCUCACCUGAGCGCCUUCAAAAGGUAUGGAAGACGUCAGUUCAGGGGUCGUGCUACCUGAGUCUGCUGAUGAUAGGGGCCGGUUUGUUGUGGGGACAAGUCCUGCGUAUUCGACCCACACAGACGGUCUUCAUCUCCACCUGUCUGUCCCUGUCCAGCACUCCACUUGUGUCCCGCUUCCUUGCAGGAGGAAGCAGAGGGGACAAAGAAGGCGACUCAGACUACAGCAGUGUUCUUCUUGGGAUGUUGGUGAUGCAGGAUGUUCAGCUCGGCCUCUUCAUCGCUGUUAUGCCGACUCUGAUCCAGGCACAGAGUGGAGACCUGGACAGCCUCCUAUUUGGAAGCCUCCGCGUGCUGUACCUCCUGCUCCAGGUCCUGGUGUCUCUGGCUGCCGUGCUGCUGCUGUGUUUGCUGCUCAAAUCAUUCGUGAUUGGUCCGUAUUACAAGAAACUGCACGCUGAGAGCAAAGGCAACAAGGAGAUCCUGGUGCUUGGGAUGGCAGCGUUUGUCUUUUUCAUGCUGACGGUAACAGAGUUUCUCGACAUUUCUAUGGAGCUGGGCUGUUUCCUGGCUGGAGCUUUGCUGUCCACACAGGGUCACAUGGUCACCACAGAGGUCACAGGAUGCAUCGAGCCAAUCAGGGAUUUCCUCGCCAUCAUCUUCUUUGCCUCUAUUGGUCUCCACGUGUUCCCGACAUUCGUGCUGUAUGAGCUCACCAUCCUGCUGGUGCUUACAUUCACCCUCGUCAUCAUGAAGUUUGUCAUGGCCGUGCUGGUGCUCUCUGCUAUCUUGCCUCCGGGCUCUCGACACAUUCGAUGGAUCGUCUCAGCCGGCCUUGCACAGGUCAGCGAAUUCUCCUUCGUCCUGAGCAGCCGUGCACGUCGAGCUGGCAUCAUCUCCAGAGAGGUGUACCUGUUGGUUCUCAGUGUCACCACUCUCAGUUUGCUGCUGGCUCCGGUGCUGUGGAAAGUAACCACACACAGAUGGGUUCCCCGGGCCGAGCUCAAAACAGUCCCAUGACCAGAGAGCGCCCUCAGGGCCGCAGCAGCCCCUGUGUGCACUGACUGUUACACAGCCGGCAGCAGCGUCAUGAGGAGCAGAAGUCAAGUCUUAUUUGUCCAUUCAUGCUAAUGCACACACGGAUAUGAUGCAGACUGUUUUCUUGAUUCAGCAGUCUCAGCCCUCUUCAUGCAGAGGAAGGAUCUUCAUCAGCUCCAUUCUGGCAUUGUUAUGAAGGACAUCUUCUCCAAACAUGGGCCUGGAGCUGUGUUACAUGUACACUAGGUUAUGAAAGCGAACUGCAUGAGGUCUUAUUUGAAACACAUAACAUGUAGUUUUAGGUUGUAUUAAUGAAACCCUUUACUCUUCAGUCAACAACCCUGAAGCUGGGACAGAGUCUGUGGCAUAAAAAAGUCCUGCUUGGGAGGCACAGCUGAUUUACAUGUUUAGUAGAGAAGCACAAAGAACUGGAUAUCCAUCCAGCUCUGAUGCUUCUAAUGCACUUCCUCUUAAAACUGUGCACACUCAUUCACGUUUGCACUUUGAGCCUCAAGUUUGCCUCUGUUUACUUGUAGUGAUCACAUGGACCAAAUCUGAGGUUUAAACUCUAUAUGGUGUUUUUCUUUUUAUGUGUUGCUAUAUUUCCUUGAAAUGAUUCUGAUUGAAGUGCGAACCUUCUCCCUGCUGUAUUUGAUACACGAUACAUGUAGUUUAAUCCUGAUCCUGAAGUCUAUCCAUCCCGGUGUGAUACCUAAAAACUGCAGUAACUCUUUUUUACAAAUCUCUCAUUUUAGUUGAAAAUCAUGGUACCUAUUGUAUCAGUACAAAAUUAAUCAAUGUAAAUAUAUCAGACAGUACCUCACAAAAACUUUUAAAAUCAUGUGAAUUCAUUCAUUUGCGGUCCUGCACUGGUUACAGCUGAAUGUCAUAACGAAUGUGCCUGCUGGUCACUCCUCUGCAGCAGCAGAAGAAAGACUGUAGGGGGAGUCAUCUCACUGUACAUGUCCUUGUCUUAGGAUUCAUAAUGUGUAAUGUUAAUGUGUGUUACGCUACCACAUGUUACAAUUUAAUGUUUUCUGAUAUUUUCCUGCAGUACAUUAAUAUUGAGGGUAUUUGAGUUUACAUGUGUGUACUGGAGUUGAUGACUGACGCUCCAUGGCACAAUGACAUGUUUCAAUCAAAAUGUUUAUGUAUUUUUAAAUUAUUGAAAUUAAGUCAUUUAUUUAUUAAUAAAAUAGUGGAAAAGUAUUUUCUCUCUUUGACACUUCUUUGUUCUGUUCUUUGCAUGCAGAAUUUUCUUUGGGGAAAUUAUAAUUAUUUGUGUAGCUGGAGAGAUAAUUUCAUGAUAAAUAUCAUCAGAUGUUCUCUACAGGCUCUGUCAACACAUGAACUCAGCAUGGCCGCCUGACAUGGUGAGCUGAGGGCCUGCUACUGUGGCUCAGCCUCCCCUUAUUAACAUUAGCAAUUUUUUCUUUUGUGUAUUUCUUUUCUUUACCGGCCCUCAGAUGGGCUUGAUAAAUGAGAACUGCUGUAAGUCAUUGGCACAUGAAAAAAGAUUAUGGUGAUUAUAAUUAAUUGACUCCUCAAACUGAAACAGAAUUUGCUCAUCGUAAUCGUCUGAGAGGCUCCUGAUUUGUUGGGCUUGGCCAGUGUCUCGUGGUUUCUUUGAGUUGCA